AUUGGGGGGGGGAAAGAGGUUGGGCUCUAGCUCUUGUUCUACCCGCCCCUAGGAGCAGCUGUUCUCCACCUCUAUCUCUCUCUGGGAGAGUAAGCUGAGUCGUCCUGCCCUGAUGUUACCAGUGAUGCGCUCUCUGCCCUACUCUCCCUGGAUCGCUUUGAUGAGGAGAGGAGUCAUGGGGGUCCAAAGCAUCCGGCAGGCCCACGGUUCAGGAGGUACUGCCUGUAGCCAGAAGAUGCCUCCCUAUACAAACUACCACGCAGAGCGCAAUUACCCCAUGCCGGAUGAGCCCUUCUGUAGUGAGCUGAGUCCCCAGCAGCGGGCACUGAAGGAAAAGGAAAAAGGGCCGUGGAAGAAGCUUACAGAUGCUGAGAAAGUGGCCCUUUAUCGAAUGCAGUUCCAUCAGACCUUUGCAGAGAUGAACCGACCAUCCAAUGAAUGGAAGACGGUGUUGGGGGGAGUCUUCUUUUUCUUUGGCUUCACUGGACUCCUGAUAUGGUGGCAGCGGCUAUAUGUAUUUCCAGAGAAGCCAAUCACCUUGUCUGAGGACUGGAAGUCGAAACAGUUGCAGCGGGUAUUGGACAUGAAGGGAAAUCCAAUUCAAGGCCUGACCUCUCGUUGGGAUUAUGUUCGGAAGGAAUGGAAGAAGUGACGCCCCAGCCUGAACUGUCCUGGCUCAUCCUUUCCAAGCCAACAGACCUGUCCACACCCAACCCCAGCCUUGGGACAGCUCUUACUGGAUACUCCUCUCUAUUCCCUCCACUCUCUUUUCUUUCCCUUCUUUUCCUCCAUUUGCAUCUCUUCCUGUAUCCUUUUUUCCCCCAAUAAAGAAAUAUCAAACGUGGUUCCUGGACUCCUUAGUGUAACGAUUGGAAUGACGGCACCUGCUGGAUACUUACUGUAGAAGAGUU